GAAUCCAAGAGGGCAUAAGUCAAAAACUACUGAUCACUCAAAAAACGCUUAACAAUGGCUGCUCCGUUACUCCUCAGAGGUCUGCCAAUCCUCCGGCUCCGCUUCUGUUAUCAGCGGCUGCCGAAUCCUAGCUUUGUUCUACUUUCUCCGAGGCUGUUUUCAGCUGCUUCCGAAUCGGCUCAGCCCUUCGACGACGCGGCGUCCGAUGGGGACCAGACCACCGCCGUGCUAAGCGCCAAAGACCCGCCCAAUUACCCGAGAUGGACUGACCCGGACUAUCGAAAAUGGAAAGACCAGGAAACUCAGAUACUCAAAGAUAUCGAGCCCGUUAUUUUCCUGACCAAGGAAAUUAUCCACUCCGAUAGGUAUAUGGAUGGAGAACGUCUGACAGCAGAAGAUGAGAAAAUAGUGGUAGACAAGCUUCUUGCUUAUCAUCCCCAUUCUGAAGAUAAAAUUGGAUGUGGCCUCGACUCAAUUAUGGUUGAUCGGCAUCCCCAGUUCAAACGAUCCAGGUGUCUCUUUGUCGUAAGAUUGGACGGUGGAUGGAUAGACUUUUCCUAUCAGAAGUGUCUUAGGCAGUACAUUCGAGAUAAGUACCCUUCUUAUGCUGAAAAAUUCAUAAAAGAACACUUCAAACGGGGUAGUUGAGUUUCAUUUCAAACAACCUCUCCUCACAUAAAUACUAAAGUUGGAAGCUGUUGGCCUGUAAGAGCCCUCAUGGUGGGUCUUUCUCAAUGAAGGAACAAGAAAAUGACAGGAACUUAUGAAUGUUUGGUGUGUGGCUAAAGGUGUUUAUGGAUUAAAUGACCAACAAAUGACUUUCUGAUACCUUUAGUCAAUGUAGUAGAUAUUAGUUGACCAGAGCAUUUCUAGUUUUAUUUGGUGGGAGAAUAAAGUUGAUGGAAAUAAAAAAAAAAUGUACACUUCCAUAGUAAUUAGUUGGCUUUGCUUGUAAUGUUGACUAUCACUCUUUUUUGGUGAAUCACUGUCUCUAUCUUCUUUAAUUUCUGAAGGCACAUUACCUGGCA